AUGGCUCGCGAAGGAACACGCUCGGCCACUGGGCACUCCAAGCCUCGCGUAUUCCCCGUUGUUGACACCGCGCCGGCUGUGAAGCGGACCAAGGCCAAGCCCGCCGCCCCUAAGAAGGUGGCAGCACCCAAGCCCGCCGUGCCCAAGGCUGCCAAACCCACAGGUGUCACUAAGAAGAAGGCCCCGAAGAAGGAGAGCGCCGUGGCGAAGAAGGUCAAGGCUGUCGUGAAGAAGGCUGAGAAGAAGGUCGACAAGAAGGCUGACAAGGCCGAGAAGGCUGUCGAGAAGACCGAGAAGGAGGCUAAGCCCAAGGCGGCAACUAAGAAGGAGAAGGCUGCUGCCGCUAAGUAA